AUGGGUGAAUGGACUCCCGGGGGACGCAUUCUCUCUUUGCCACCUUCGGUGGAAGCAUCAAAAACAACAGUAAGAGAGUGGAGAAAUGAGGAGGGCAACGGUUGGGCUCUUGAUGAACUCUCAACAAUUCUCACCCCGAACGAAACCGAGGCCAUAAAAGCUAUGAAGCUAGCGGAGAGUGAGCAGGAGGACCUGUUAUCCUGGCCCCACACAAGAAAUGGAGUUUUCAGUGUUCGAAGUGCGUACCAUCUAGAAGUGCAGCGGAAGAAUGGGAACGUUGGACCAUCGGUAGGUGAUCAUAACUUGGAUGUAUGGCGCAAAACUUGGAAAGCUCUCACUCCCUCGAGAGUGAAGGUGACAAUGUGGAGGGCACUGAAAAAUGGCCUACCCACCAUGAAUGUCUUGGCACGACGUGGACUGAAUGUGGACUGUAUUUGUCCAAGAUGCGGUGAAGCCCCGGAAACGGUCACCCACAUGGCAUUACAAUGCAAGGAGGCAAGACUCCUAUGGAAGCUGUCACCCCUUCGGUUGGAUUCUCAGGUCGCCAAUUGUAGUCUAAUGGAAUGGGGGGAAGAGUUCGGGAAAAAGUGUAAGAUGAAAGGGGCAUGGGAACUGGCCAUGAUGGUUGUAUGGCAAUCCUGGAGGGCUCGUAACCUGUGGGUGUUCGAAAGGAAGACCGUCGACCCAGUUGUACAAUGUGCAAAAAUGUUGGGCAUCUUAGGUGAAUAUGAGGCAGCAUGUACACGUGACCAACCCCCAAGUGAACCGCCAACUCAAGUUGGACUUGGUAUGCUUGUUAGAGAUCAUGUGGGUGAUGCCCUGAUGUCAGCAGGGGAGAGUGGGUGUGAGAACUUGACGGUGAAACACGCAGAAGCAAAAGCAGUGAUGUUCGGGCUAAGGUAUGCGUUUGAUGCGGGCUGCAGAGCAUUGGAGGUGGAAACCGAUUGUCAAGCCCUGGCUACGCUACUCCAAGCAAAAUCUAGGGAAAUUUCAGCUACCCAAGUGCUAGUUAAUGAUAUCUUAAACUUGGCAAAACAAUUUACUUAUUGCAGUUUUGGUUUUAAUAGGAGAAGUUGUAAUAGUGUAGCACACUCUAUGGCACAAGCUGCUCUCCACUUUGAGGAGACACUCGUGUGGAUGGAGGAUUGUCCACCAGUUGUAACCCCGCUUGUCCUUGCGGACAAAAUCCUUUGUGAAUGA